AUUUGAAAUCAGAAAAGGAGGAGACUGAGGAAGGGGAGGGGAAGGAGCUGACAAAAUCUCGAGGUAUGUUUGGAGAUUAGCACAAAGGCGAGGAACAACUCCACCACUGAGACAGGCUGAAACUGAGGGACAAAGACUGUGAGUAUCUUAAAGGCCAUUCUAGAUCUUCCCAGUGGACAAGAUUCAAUACCUGGCAUGGGUCCACGACAUCGGUAAUCCUAGGAAUAUUUAAUUCCACUUCUACAGCAUUGUGUAUUGUUCAGCUGCUUCACAGCCUUUUGUGCUUGCCUGCUUCAGCUCAUGAUCCCGAUGGAGAGCAAUGCUAAGAAGGGAUUGGGAGACUUUAAUGGCAUGGAGAAAUCACAGGCACAGUCUGCAGGCUUAGAGAAGGGUUCAAAGGAAGAGGAAGCAAGGCGGCCAGUGGCACAGUGGACAGCAGCCGAAGUGUGUGCCUGGCUCAGAGGAAAAACCUUGGGAACCCCAGGCAGCCCACUACUGGAGGCAGCCAAUAGCCAUGCCAUCUCUGGCAAGGCUCUCUUGCGCCUCUCCGAGGAAACCCUGGAGCGCAUGGGCAUAGCACCAAAGAGCCUGCGGGAGGAGCUAUUGCAAGAGAUUCUCCUCCUGCGCAUUCAGCAAGAAAUGGAAGAUUUGCUGGACAUUUCAGAUGAAUAACUCAGGAGAUCCAGCAGGUUAAAAUCGCAACUGUAUGGAAAGCAGCCAUCUUGAAGCAUCCUCUAAAAUUGGUUAUUGGUGUCAGCUGCGCCUCCAGUUGAUUGUGGGUUCAUGAAUCGGAGAACGAAAAUCCAGCCGUUUGAGACUGGGACUCCAUUCUUCAUGCCCAGUGCAAGUUCUUUUGCAGGAAAGUAUGGACAUGGAAAAGGAGGCCUUUCUGUUAUUAUUACCCCAAAUGGAAAGACUCGUUGAGAGCUGUUGAAAAUGAAAUUUCCAUACUGGGCUAUUCUGCAGCAAUGAACUGCAGAAUCAAAUUCUUCGGAGAGUAUUCAAGGUUUCCUGGUCACCUUAAGAACAAACCUAUUCACAUCAUCUAAUAUCAGAGACAGACAACCUGGUGCCUGCUAGAUAUUUUGGGCAACACCCCAAUGCCUUGAGAUUGUUCCAUGGGAAAUGGAAGUCCAAAACAUCUGCAGAGAGACAGGCUUCCUAUUUAUUAAACCACAGUAAUGCUCUAGAGUCAGCAGCCACAGCAUUUGUACUUGUGUCAUAUUUAACCCUUGUCUCUUUUCAGACAAAUAUUUAUAUCAUUGACAGGGUUAGGCAUUGUUUUUCCCUGCUCCAAGUUCAAAUCCUCUGCUCCAAAUACCAUCUGUUUGGGAUGGUAUAAGGAUUCCUUCCUUGAAUAGAGGGUUGGACUAAAAGACCUCCAAGACCGAAAGGUCUUUUCAGUCACAUGAGUCUAUGAUGCCGGGAAAUUCCUUUCAGUUCCUUGCCUCCUGAAAGCCAAACCCCUCUCUUCCACCUCUUCCUGGCAACCUUUGGAAAGAACCUGUAGCUUCCCAAAUAGGAGAAAAAGUAUUGAUCAGCAUUUUUUGAACUUCCACACAUUUUAAUACUUUUGCUAUUUGUUAUAUUGAUAUGUGUUUUUUAAUUCUGGAGUACCUUAAUACCCAUGUAUUUUGCCUGGUAUUUCUCCACUCGCAAUUUCACCUCUCCAGCACAGUCUUAAUUUCCCGGACUGCUUCCCGUCUUUAUGGUGGCCAUUUUGACCACCGCUGCAACUUGUCUUUGGAGGGGGUUUAUCUUGUCAGGGAACCUCCAAGCGAUUCUCCCUUUCUUCACCACCCCUCCAGGGUGGUUCCGGUCUCAACUGGGACCCUACAACAAGUGAGCUCGGAGCAAAACCGCGCACAAUCAUGGAUUCCUCUCCAACCACAACAGAAGAGCAACCAGAAGUCUUGAUAUGUGUUAUUUUAUUUCUAGAAUAUUCCAAGAACAAAUAUUGAUUGGCAGAUAAGAUUUUUGUUUUUAAGGCCAACGUUUUGUAAAUAAAAUCAUGCCCAUUUAAUGUCAACACAAAAGAGACAGCAUUGAGAAUUGUACUUCUUAGAUCUGUAAGUUACAUCCGUCCUGGCCCAGAAAGACUUUUGUUAUGACCAUCUUGUGCCUAGCAUUUGUU